UUUUAAUCUCCAAUGGAUCCACCAUGUGAUUCUGAUAAAUACUCAUUGGUUUCUGGUGAAAAUUUACCACAACAAUCAUCACAACCUAUUCCUGGACCAAGUAAUCAAAUAACUAUAUCAUCUUCCCAAUCAUCAUCUUAUUCAGCCAACAAUCAAGAUGAACUAUUGGCCAUAGCGUUGAAUUUAAAGGCUGGAAUUGAGCAUCUUCGUAACAAUUUGGAUACAAUUAAAAGUUCAGCUUCCAAUGUAGAUCAAUUAUUGGCGAUAAUUACCAAAUUCUCAACACAUAUUGAUCAUGUUAAUCUAAUCAUCGGAAAGGAAAUUAAUCGUAUAUUAUAUUUAACAGCUUCGCCCCAUCGGUCAAGUACUUUCGCCCUUCCCCAUCAAAUUGUGUCCAAACCAAUGACCACCGAAACCACUGUGAUCACCAAAGGCCAAAAGAAAUUAAAAUUAACACCAAAUGAUUUACUAUCAACUGAAUCAAUGAUGCCAUCAACCAGUAGUCAAGUAAAUCAACCAAUUGAUGAAAAUUCUGAUUCUGAUUCCGAUGAUUUUGGCUUCUGUAUAGACGAUACAGUUGAAAGUGAUUAAGACAAAUAAUAAAUAAAACAAUUCACUUACCUGAUUAACCAGCAGCAAUUAAAACAACAGUUAAUUGCCAAGUUGUAACCAUUAACCUGUUUCCUUAACAGUCUAUUAAACAAAUCACAUAGUCAAGUGAUUAA